CGAAUUCUGAAUGCCACCAGCUGCAAGCGACAAGCCGGUCGCGGUCACCAUUUUGAACGCUAAAGCAACGCAGGCAUUUGGAAUUCCUGCCAGAAGCGCACAACGCUGUACUGUAUCUUCAUUGAGUAGAAGUUGAGCUUGCGAUGGCUCCAAAGAAGCGCAAGGCAGCGGUCGAGACGGUUGACCUGGCUGAGGACUCGGGUGACGAUUAUGUCCCCACGCCCAAGCAGCCCAAGCGCCGGCGGGCAGCCAGCAGCGCUGCAGGUGCAGAUGAUGCGCCCAAAAAGGGAGGCCGCAAGAAGGCGAGCGCGGCAGCACAGGAGGAGGCCGGUGGCAGCGGCGCCGCUGCCACAAGCGCAGCGGCAGCGGCGGUGGUCGCCGCAGCGGCUGCAGCCGCUGGGGGCGCGGGGGUGUUUGGUUCACAGCCCGCGGCCGCUGGUGGCCGCAAGGCUCCAAAAAGCAAAAAGCAGUCUGCGCGGGAUGACGCGCGGCUGGACGCGCGUGUGGAUGCGGCGGGGCGCGCCGUGAGCUUCCGGCCCACCGCCAACCAGGACGUGCGGGACCGCAUCGCGCGGGCCAUGCCGGGCUCCGCCCACCGCAUGUUCCUGGUGGAGUCCAGGCAGGUGGCGGCGGCGGACGCGCCGGGCGGGCCGGAGCAGGAGUUCCACGUGCUGGGGGCCACAGGCAACGUGUAUGUGGUGCACAUCGGCACGCAGCCUGCCUGCACCUGCCCCGACUUCGCCAAGCGCGCGGGGCUGUGCAAGCACAUCCUGUUCGUCAUGCUGCGUGUGCUGCGCCAAGACCGGCUGGACCCCGUCAUCUGGCAGCGCGCUCUGACCAUCCGCGAGGCGCAGCGAGUGUUGUCCGUCUUCAACGGCGGCGGCGCCGGUGGCGCGGGGGUGGUGGACCAGAGCGUGCUGGCGAAUGAGCGGCUGCGAAAGCGCUACGCAGACAUCGUGCACGGAGGAGCAGCGGGUGGAGAGGGCGCGGGUGAAGAGGCCGGCGGCGCGGCGGGCAAGAAGGGCGUGCAGCGGCCUGUGGAGGGCGACUGCCCCAUCUGCUGCGAGGAGAUGCACGCGGGCGGGCCGGCCAAGGAGGCGGUGACGUUCUGCGGCCUGUGCGGCAACAACAUGCACAAGGAGUGCUUCGGGCGCUGGGCCGCCAGCAAGCGCAGCAACCGCCAGCCGGUCACGUGCGUCUACUGCCGCGCCAACUGGCAGGAGGGCGGCGGCGCGGCGGGUGGCGGCGCGGCGGCGGCGGGCGGCGGCACGCCAGGCGGCGCCGACGGCCAAUACGUCAACCUCUCGCAGUUCAGUGACGACCACCGCCGGGGCGCCUCCCUGACCGACCUGUACGGCACGGGGGCCUACUUCAUGAUGGCGAACGCGGGCCAGAUGAGUCGCCGGGAGGCGGCGCGCAUGUAUGCGGCAGAGCGGGGCUGGGAGUGAGGGGCACGGAGUGAGGGUGUGGGACAGGCGUGCUGUGGGGUUGGGGGCAAACAGUUGGGGGCGGAGGCGUGGAGGCAAAGCAAAGGUGAGGGGCAGGUAUGCCGAGCCAGGCUGGAUCGAGUUGUUUAUUGUGGGUUGUGUCAUAUGCCAGGUUGAUGUUGGAGGAGCCGAGUUAGAAUGCUGGCUAUGGGCGACGGUGGAUGUCCUGAGGCGAAGAUGGUAUCAGAGUGACAGGGUCGGCGUGCCGUGAUGAGCGCCGGUGUAUCGGUUUGGAGGGCCACUCGGUUGAAGGCCACUGCCAUUUUUUAUAACACCAAGUCCA